AUGGUCACAGCAAAACCAAUGUUCUCUCCUAGGAGACUCAAUUCAGGCUCUCCUAUGCUUGAAAAAACGAAAAUUCAAACCAAAAUUAAAAAGAAAAAGAGAACAGAGAUCAAACACAAGAUUGCUUUUCGAGAAACUGACUAUAUACCUCACCCAGGCGAUCUGGAAUACGUUGACGAAAAGUUUGAACUUCCGUCAAAAGUGGAUGGCAUGUUUUUAAUGGAAAAUCGACGUUUCAUUGCUCUCGACAUCGGUUCAAGUCGAACAAAGAUCAACUUGAUCGAAAAUGAUAAUAAGGACCGCAUGUACACUCAAGCCAAUUUGGGCGGUCGUGAGAUAAUCGUUCCAUCAAGACUUUGGUAUUCCAGAACGUAUGAGCCUUCGACAAAUGAGUAUAUAGAAGAGUAUAGAGUUGGAGAUCCUCCUUCAGUUAAUCCUCAGGAUUGGAUUGAAAUAGAAAAUGUUAAAAGAUUGUUUUUAAUUAAUGAAUUAUUUGAAAUUAAUAUCAAAGGUAUUACAUUGAGAAUAGCAACUCUUAUGUAUGAGCUAAUUAAGGGAAUGCUUGAUUUGAAAGCAAUAAGGACUGAAAAUUGUGAUUCCAAAUCCUUAAAACGCUAUAGUGGAGUAAUUGUAUCAUGCCCAACUGGAACAUCAUCUUAUAUCAGAAAAGUGUUUUAUAAUUGUGUUUAUUGUGAUUUUCGAAAAAGUGCGAAUAAAAAAUCGACGAUUUUUUCGCGAUUUUUUUCGAGAUCGAAAUGA